AUGUUCAAGAGAUCAUUACAUACUUCUAGAUCUGCAUAUGAUGCUGCUCCAUUCAAAAAUAUCAAUGAGGCUUUUAAAAGCGCCACGUCCAUGCAAUCUAAAAUUCAGACAACUGUGAUUAACGACAGGUUCAUACCAAACAUGACUAACAAGAAGACAUACGAUCCUUUUGAUUUCUCUAUCUCUGCUCAAAGGUACCAGACCAAAGUGAAUAAGGCACAGAUGGCGAAUUAUAUGAAAUCAUCUAGUUUCAAUAGUAGGGAAAUCAAUCCCACCGACUUUUAUGUUAUACCACAUCUGCUAAAUGGCUACAUGAACUCGUCAGGUCAGAUUCUACAUAGAGACGUCACUGGAUUAUCACCACGGAAGCAGAAGCAAAUGGCCAAGGCAAUCAGAAGGGCUAGAGCGUUUGGCUUCUUGAGUAGUGUCGCAAAGGAUGUUUCAACCUUUGACAAGAGAAAUUUAUAG